CUAUAUGAUUAACCCAUAUUAUAGUUUUAACAAAAUUCCACUCUCCCGUCCAUUUCUCAAAUCGACUAAUCACCAAAGUACGUGCACUCUCUCUACUAUAUAUAAAACUUCCCUUCCAACGCCCGUGGCACCCUACAAAGAUAUAAGUUCUUCCCAUUUACACCCUCAACAUACUUUUUUCCUACAAAAAUGGCCCUAAAUUUCAGAGCCACCGCCACCUUUCUUCUGGUUACAACAACUCUCAUGCUCUCCUUCUCCUCCUCCUCCUCCUCCUCCACCUCCUCGAGCGAAGCAAUAGAAAACCUCAUUGGGUAUUCUUCCAUCAGAGUCAGAGGCGCCAAUACGAAGUUUACCAUCAACAUAAAGUCAACCAACUACAAUUUCAAUGGUUGUUGUGAUCACAAGAUCCCAGCUGCUGACCGGAAGUUGAAUAAGCACGGAGGCAACGGGACCGCCACCGCGUCGGAGCUGGCGGCCGGAGGGACGACGACGAUGAUGAGGUGUCCGAUGGAGAGGGUGAUGAAGGUGGGAGCGGGGUGCGUUGAUGGGCUGGUGACGAUGGUCCACGAACGUAAUGGGCUUCUUGGCGUGGGCCGGGCUGGAGUUGUUGGCGGCCCAGUGGCGGUUGACUCUGUUGUGGUCAAACAGUGCUGCUCUGUUUUAGGAGGAGAUGGGAUGGUGGACUUUAAUACGACGACGGAUUGCUUGUGCGCUACGCUUAGGGUCAAGGCUUUGGAUUUGAAGGCGUACGUGCCUCUCGCUCGCCACCUUCUUGCCUCAUGUGCCAAUAUGACGACUAAUACUACACCACCACCACAAUUCACUUGCUCUCCCGUCUCUUGAAGAUCAAUUACGAAAGAUAUGCGUUCAAAAAAAAAACUCUCAUGGAUUCGAGUAUGUACGUAUGGUAUACGUAUAUAAUACGAUGUUAUUAUCACGAAUAAUACAUCUAUACCACAGUUACAUGUGUGUGACGUGAUCAUGUUUCUUCGGUCUACGAGGAAAAGAAACUCAUUAUAGUUGAAUAAAUUCUGGGUCUGUCAAAGUAUAUGAAAAUGGUCGAGUUCAAAAUCAACUGUACUACAUGUAUCAGGCAUGCUUGUGGUUGGUUGAUAAUAAUAUAUUACGCUUAUUAUGCAUAUUAUCAAAUUAUUUUUGUCAUUUGAUGGUUAUUAUUUGUUUUUACUUUUUACUCAAACAAAUACCCUAUAUAGAAGCAAUUAGUUAGUCAUAAGAGCUUAUAGAUAUGAAUUGCAUGUGCAUAGAGACAACCUUUCUACGUUGCAACUGACCUGAAAACGUACAUAACCUUUUAACCGUGCAGUUACGGUCUAACCGCAAAAUCGUACAUGUAUUUUCAAACCCUAACAUUCUAAGGCUUUUUCAUAAAUCUCUAGUACCGACUAUGUGCAUAUAACUUCAUUGACUUUUUUUGGACAUAAUUAAUAGAUUGGCAAGAGAUGGAAAAUCCAACGACUUACUAGGUCUGCCUAAUGAAGUCAUGGUAGCAAAAUCCCUCCCGAGACUAGAGAGAGCACAACAUGGAAAAUUAGAAACCAACUAACAAGCAACAAUACAACAGAUGAAAUAUGUGCACAGUUCAGACAUGCUCGAGAGUCGAGACACAACGCGCGACGAAGUAAAGAGUAGAGAGCAAUCAAUGAAUGCCCCAAAAAUGGACCUCAAUACACAUUGAAAUAACAA